AUGGGGGCUUCACUCCCAGCCAUCUCAGAUGCUCCUCAGAAAGCAGGGCCCGGACCUGAUUCUCCCCAGGUUCAACAUAAGAGCGGAGGUGUGAAAGACCGACUGGUUCAGCUGCAGCGCUGCAUGCGCUCUCUCCAGGAAACGGGGGCACCCAGGAGUCAUGGGGGCCAGGACAGCAGCUCUCUGGGGGCCAUCCUGGCUUUAAUGGCAGCUGUGCUGACAGAGUGUGACCUCCACUGUCACAGUCAGGCCCUUGGGGUGAUGGCCAAGCGACUGGAAAGUGUGGCGGUGGGAAGAGAGGGGGAGAAAGACCUGCUGCUUUUGCUGAAGAGCAUCACACAAUAUCCACCCACAGUUGCUCCCUUGGAGAGGUUACAUCCUCAGGACUGUGCAGAGAUUUACAAGCACGGCAUCAAAGAGAAUGGAAUCUACACCAUCCAGCCCGACCUACAUGGACCAGCGGUGGAGGCUAAAUGUGACAUGGAGACGGCGGGCGGCGGGUGGACGGUGAUCCAGAGUCGGCAGGACGGCUCGGUGGACUUCAACAGAACGUGGCAAGAAUACCGGGAAGGCUUUGGCAGUCUGCAGGGAGAACACUGGCUGGGCAAUGCAGCUCUGCAUGCGCUCACCUCCACCGGCCAGCACCAGCUCCGCAUUGAACUGGAGGACUGGCACCAGCAGAGACGCCAGGCGACAUACAGCAACUUCAAAGUGGCCUCAGAGGCCCAGAGAUAUCGUCUCACGGCUCGAGAGUACUCUGGGGAUGCGGGCAACGCAAUGAGCUACAGUAAACGUUACAACCACGAUGGGAGGCCCUUCAGCACUGCUGACCGCGACCACGACCGCUACGCGUCUGGGAGCUGUGGUCAGUACUACGGUGCAGGCUGGUGGUUCGAUGCCUGCCUGGCGGCCAACCUGAAUGGACGGUAUUACCGGGGGCGAUACAGCGGGAUCACCGAUGGCAUCUACUGGGGCACCUGGUACAUCCUGACCGACGGGCGAACUGGGGAACGCUACUCCUUCAAGAGCGUGGAGAUGAAGACGAGACCAAAGAACUUUGUGGGAACACAGUAAAGAUGACAGUAACACACUCGGUACACUGGAGUCAUACUGUCAGCACUGCUCUGCAGCUUGUUUUCACUGACUGUGUUUCACUCCGUUUAGAGAAGCCUUCAUGUGACCUACUAGUAACAUGCAG